AUGCUGCAGCAGGACGCGCUGCUGCAUGCGGCGCGGGCGGGGCUUGCUGCUGCUGAGCUGCCUGUCUUGGGCCCCGAUGGUAUCCCCACAAUAAAACAAAUACCUGUGCAGCAGCUGCAGCAGCAGCAGCAGCAGCAGCAGCUUAGACAGCAAACGCAGAAACACAAUCCUCCUCCUGCUGCUGCUGCUGCAGUAACACAAACUGCUGCUGCUGGAGCGAAUGCUGCAGCGGCAGGGAUACACACAGCAGCAGCAGACACUGCAGCAACAAAGACAGCAGCAGCAGCAGCAACAGAUGCAGCAGCAGCAGAUACAGCAGCAGCAGAGACAGCAGCAGCAGAUGACUUGGAUGAGGAGAUUGAGGUGUCUCCGGAGAGUGUAGAGAGGGAGCUGAGGGUAUACGAAGAGCAUGUCUCCGGAGAGUGUAGAGAGGGAGCUGAGGGUAUACGAAGAGCAGCAGCAGCAGCAGCAGCAGCAGCAGCAGCAGCAGCAGCAGCAGCGAGACCAUGCAAGAAGUGCAAGAGCUUAUACAAGGAGAACACGAAGAGGCCCUGCAGGCGCUGCUGGGUGAUGCAGCAGCAGCAGCAGCAACAGCAGCAGCAGCAGCAGCAGACAGAGAGGAGACAGUCUCGGAGACAAAAAAGGAGACACAAAAGAAGGACAGCAGCAGCAGCAGCAGACAGAGAGGAGACAGUCUCGGAGACAAAAAAGGAGACACAAAAGAAGGAGACACCGAAAAGAACAGCAGCAAAAGAGACAAAAAAAGAAAAAGAAACAGAAAAAGAAGAGACAGAGACAAAGACAGAGACAGAAGAAAAAGAAAAAGAAAAAGAAAAAGAAAAGGAGACAGAAGAAGAAGAGGAGACACUUGGUGAUAUACAAGAAAAAGAAAUAAUGGAGACAAUCCGGGAUCGUCUCCAAACCGAUCCCCAAUUAAAAAGAGAGCUCAGCAAACGGGGGGAGACACUCAGCUCUGUAGCAGCAAAAAUAAAAAAUAUUUUACUGGGGGUUACGGUCCCCUCUGCUGCGUCAUCUGUGUUGAGUCUCCAAGACAGACGCCAACGCACGCCAGGCAAAGGAGACAGGAGAAGGUUCACUCCACCUGCUGCUUCUGUUGCUGCUGCUGAUGCUGCUGCUGCUGCUGCUGCUGCUGAUGCUGCUGCUGCUGCUGCUGCUGCUGGGGGGCCCCCAGCUGAGGAGGAGGAGGGGUACAGCAGCUGUCUCUUUCAUCUGUCUGGAGACAGUGUGUCUCCUUCUGUCUCCUCUCUCCCCGCGGACCCCACACAGGAGACAAGACAAAGACAAGGAGACAGAGAGCUGCAGCAGAUGAUGAAGACACAGCAAAUGCAGAGACAGCGCGGGAGAAGCAGCAGCAGCAGCAGCAGCAGCAGCAUAAAGAGACACAGAAAAAAAAGAAUGCUGAUCAGAGGCGACACGUGGAGACAGCAACAGCAGCAGCAACAGCAACAGCAGCAGCAGCAGCAGCAACAGCAGCGACAACAGCAACAGCGGCAGCGGCAGGAACAGCAGCAGCAGCAGCAGAAGCAGCAGCAGCAGCAACAGCAGCAGCAGAUGUGA